AUGAAAAUUAUACUCCAAAAUUUGUCGUACCUGGUGAAUGAAAAAGAUAGCAGCGGAAGAAGUCCUCUUCACUAUGCUGCAGCCUCCGGUGCCUUAGCCUUGGUCGAUCAUUUACUACAACUAAAACCUUCCAAUGGAUCUUUCCUCGAUGGCAAUUUAGCAACACCGGCUCAUAUGGCUGCAGAAAAUGGGCAUCUGAAUGUAUUGAAAUUGUUUGUCAAGCGCUGCCGCUAUUCGAUCGAAUUACUCAACAAUCACCACCAAAAUAUCCUUCAUGUAGCAACCCAAAAUGGACAUCUUAAAAUUGUUCGAUAUAUUCAAAAUAUGUUCAUGGUGAAUGAUCUAUUGAAUGAGACCGAUGAGGACGGAAACACCCCUUUGCAUCUUGCAGCAGCAAAAUUGCACAGCAGCAUCGUAAGUACUCUUAUCCAAACAGGAAAUGUGGAUACUACGGCAAUCAAUAAAAAAGGUGAAACAACCCUGGAUAUUGCUAGGAAAUUUCAGUUUGUUUCACCAAGUAAUGAAGGAAAUGAAGGCACGGAUGGGAAUCAAGCCCAAGCAACUCCAAACAAGACUGGUUGUGCCGGUGAUGAAAAGAUAAAAGCAAAAAAGCAACGGACCAUAGAAAUUCUGAAGGCGGCAAGUGCAAAGCAAGCUAAAAAGUUAGAGGGAAUCCUAGAGCAAGAAAAUCUUAUAAUAGAAUCAAUACGGGACAAGAGGCGUAAAGAAAUGGCGGGCACCCUCAUAGUAAUGGCAACAUUAGUUGCAACAGUCACAUUUACAGCCACAUUCACCCUUCCAGGGGGCGUCCAAAGUGAAGGUCCACAUCAAGGGAUGGCAGUGCUAACAAGGAAAGCAGCAUUCAAAGCUUUUAUUGUCACUGAUACAGUAGCUAUGACUACAUCCAUGACCGCUACAGUGAUUCUUUUCACAUCAUCUUUGAAUGAUGAGAAAAAUAAAUGGAAUCUGCACUUUAUUGCCUUGCAGUUGUUAUGGAUGUCACUUGCCUCAAUGGGACUGGCAUUCCUUACUGGACUGUUCACUGUUCUAUCACACUCAAUGGAGCUUGCUAUCAGAUACCAUUGGAAGUCCUCUGAGUCAAGGUCAUUGGUAUUGGGUCAAUAA